AUGGCGAAGCCCAUCACAAUGGCCUUAUUGCAAAACAAAAUCGGUUCUUCACCUUAUAAUGAAGUAAAAAAGUUAAAUCUUUGGGGAAUAGAUUGUGAGGAUGUAUCUCCACUUUCUAUAUUUCCAAACCUUUAAAUUCUAUAGUUAUCAAGAAAUUAGAUUGGAACCUUGAAACAUAUAAGCAAAUUAAAAUAAUUGAAAGAACUCUAUCUAGGACAAAAUAAAAUAAAAGAUAUAAAAGAACUAGAGUAUUUAAAGGAGUUAUAUAAUCUACGAGUAUUAAAUUUGAUAGGUUAGAUAUGCAUAACUAUUUAGAAAAUCCUGUGGUUGAGCAUCCUGAAUAUAAGAAAGUAGCUUUAAAGCAUUGUUUAGCUUUGCAAAUAUUGGAUGAUUCUAAAAUUAUGGAAUAAGAUAGAGAAUUUUUACAAGAAUAGGAAUUAUCGAUUUAAGAAUAAUCAUAAAAUUUAGAUGAUAAUUCAGAUUAGGUGGUAGAGUAUGAAAAUGAAAAAUAGAUUAAAAAUAAAAAUGAGAAAGAAAAAAGUAAAAAAAAAAAAUUAAAAAUAUAACAUAAAUUUUGUUAAUCAUCUGAUUAAUCCACAAAUGGUUCAAAAAAUAAAUUUGAUACUUAUUCAUAAAAAUUGUCAAAUACUGUCAAUGAUGUUAAAAUCUAUCCAAUAACUUCUGAAACUACAUAAUAAUUUUAAAAGAAAAAAUAAAAGUUUCCUUUAAAUGAUAAAGGCGAAUAAAAUAAAAAAAAAAAAUCACAUCCUCAACCUACUUUUAUUCAAUUAGAUUCAGAUUAUUCAUUAUGUUAAAGUAUCAAAUCUCAUAGGAGUACUUUGAAAAAACUAAAAAAGUUAUCUGAUAAGUCUGAUUAAAAUAGUUAGUUGAUAUAAUCAAAAUUAGAAAUAAAUUUAGAUAAAUAGGAAGAACAUAAGAAUUCAGAAGAAUCUUGGAGGUAAAUGAACAUAAAUUAAAUUGAAGAUAUUGAAGAAAUAAAAGUAUAGAAAAGAAAUGAAUAACUUAACGAGUAUUUAGUUUCUGUAAUAUAAAACUUAAUUUAAUUUAUUGAUAAACGAGCUUUAUAAUGCUUAUAUAAGAUUUUAUGUGAGUAAGUGAAAUGA